AUGGAUAAAUUAAAGAAAACUUCUUGGGAGAAGAUCAUAAGCCUCCUAUAAUAGUUAUAUAGUAUUGGAUAGCAAAUUCAAGAAUAUCAUAUAACAUUACAAAGUAGUGUUUACACAUUAGUUUCAUUAUUCCAUUCUUAAUUUGGUUAAUUUAUAGAUAGAGAAGAUAUUAUUGAUUCAAUAUAAUAAUUAGAUUUUGAAACUCCUUAAUUGUAUAAUAUGGGUAGAAACUUAUAAUCAGAGUUUGCAUUUACUUUUAAUCAAAAGUAUAUUUUAAAAGUUGUUUCAGGAACUCAAUACAGGUAUUUUAAAAAUAUAUUCCAUUAAUAUUAUUUCAAAAUAAUUGCAAAUAAAAAUUGUUUGUUAGCAAAAACAUUUGGAAUUUAUAAAUUAAAAGAUCGAGAUAAUAACUCUUAUUUUGUCUUAAUGGAAAAUUUAUUUUAUGAACAUAAAGUGUAAAAUAGUUAAAUUAUCAGUAUAUAUGAUUUAAAAGGAGCUUAAAGUAGUAGAAUUACUAAAAAUUUUUAUGAACAGUUUCAGCAAUAGCAAUUAUUAAUGUAAAAUAAUGCCUAAACAAUUCCUUUAUUAAAAGGAAAAGAUGAAGAUUUUAAAAAAAUAAGAUUUUUCGAAGAUUUCUCAAUCGAUAAGAAAUUAGAUUUAAUGAAUUAGAUUAAAUAAGAAAGUGAUAUUCUAGCUGAAGCCAAUACUAUGGAUUAUUCAUUAAUGAUAAUUACUGGACAUAUUAAUUAAUGUUUAUAAGGGAAAAGACUAUUUAAGUUAAACAAUAAUGUUGGCAUUAUAAUAGGGAUUAUUGAUUAUUAUUAAGAAUAUAAUAGUACUAAAAAAUUAGAAAAUAAAUUUAAAACCUGGUUCGGAAUGCAUAAACCAGAUCAAUAAAUUAGUUGUGUUGAUAGUGAUACAUAUAGAAAAAGAUUUUAGAUUUAUUUUUAGUAAUUUCUUUAAGAUUGA